GUAUUGAAGCAAAAAUGCAUCUUGAAUCAUAGGCUGACUUACACUUUUUGCUUUCUCUCUUGAUUUGUAAUUAGAAGUUUCAUUCGUGCAUAUCCACCGGUCCAAAGUGAUAUUACACCAUAUGUUAACGAUUGUCGUGUGACUGUACGGCGGAUAUUUCAGACGGUAUAUAAUGUGAGUUGUUUUACAAGACUGUUGUGACGCAAUUCAAAAGAAAACUUCGGAAUGAUGUCAAACACAAGCAUUUAUGACAAGUUGUGGGAUGAUAGUAUUUGGUUCCCCGUUCGAUUUCAUCACGAGGAUGGAUCUGUUGACACCGCAUUGGGCUGGUCACAAUUGGUGAACAAACCCGGUACCAACACAUAUUAUCCAAAAGUCCACGACCUUCACUUUGGAAUUCUGGUCGGCGUCGUCUUGGUGAUAAUAAGAUACGUUCUAGAAACGCUGCUGAUAAUACCCCUGGGAUACAAGUUAGGGAUAAAGAAAAAGAAGUUAGUAUACGUGAAUGCUAUACCUUCCCUUGAAGAAGUUUACAAGACGAAGAAAAAGCCAGAUGACAAACAGUGUAUGGGCUUGUCAAAGCAGCUGGACAUGCCCCUUAGACAAGUGCAAGUUUGGUUCAGAAACAAAAGGAACAAUGACCUGACACCACCAAUUAAAAAGUUUUGUGAUAAUGCAUGGUCAUUCUUAUUUUACACGUGUUCAUUUAUUUAUGGGGCGACAAUUCUUUGGAAUAAGUCAUGGAUAUGGAGAACAAAAGACUGCUGGACCAACUGGCCAAAGCAGCACGUGACGACUGACCUAUACUGGUACUACACCGUGGAGCUGGGGUUCUACUGCAGUCUGCUCUUUACAAUAUUCACAGAUCAUAAGCGAAAGGACUUUAAGGAAAUGACAAUGCAUCAUCUUGCCACCAUUAGCCUGCUCUACUUUUCCUGGUUGGUCAACUUUGUCCGUAUGGGAAGCUUUGUACUCAUCAUCCACGACAUUGCAGACCCCUGGUUAUCGCUCGCCAAAAUGGGAAUUUAUCUGAAAUGGGACUGGUUAAAGAACGGUGCAUUUGGAUUAUUUGUAAUACUGUGGUUUAUUACAAGGACCUUCGUAUUUCCAGGCUGGCUCAUUUACUCCACCGCCAUUGAAAUAUUCCACUUCAUCGAUGAGCCGUUUUUCGUGUACUACUUCGUUAACGUAUUCCUGCUCAUUCUGCAAGUGUUAAGCCUGUUGUGGUCCUGGUCGAUAGGGAAAAUAAUCUACAACACUCUGUUCGCCGGAGGGGCUGAAGAUAUUCGGAGUGAUACUGAAGAGGGCGAUAGUCUCAGUAGCAAUGGCGACUUGACCCAGAACGGGACAACCAAUGGUGUUGAUGGUAGUGUCACGUCUGCUGACACAAUCGGACAUGUUAAUGGAGCAAAUGCUACUUCUAAAGUAUCGAACAAUGGAGUGAUCAGUUAGAUGCUUAUGAAAUUUAGAUGUAGAAUAUGGACGAAUGGAAUGAAAAAGCAUGAACAUCAGGGUCUGAACUAGGAGUGGUUUUUAAAUUGUCGGUCCCAUGCUAAACCAAAUACAUGUAUGAUGGUUAGUGGAAUUUUAUGAUAUGUUGUGUGAAAACAUUUAGGGUCAUAUACAUCACCAUAGUAAUAAUUUGUGCAGUUAAACAACAUAAAAACCUCGAUCAACGACAAAGGAAUGGUGGUUAUAGAGUAGAGAUUGACAUAAAUAAUGUGUUUCAAAAAUAGUUCCAUUAGGAAUGACUGAAGAAGAUCACUAUUAGUACAAAUAUAAACAAUACUAGGCUACACAUCUGAAACCAAUACUUGCUUAUAGAAGAAUGUUUACUUCAAUUGCUGCAAUUUGCAUAAUGUGUCAAAAUAACGAGAGCUGUGUUCACUGGAAAUACUCAGUUGAAGUUGGACUGCCGUAUUUAUGACUUAUGUAAGAUAUGCAAACCCGUUUUUGCUUCCAGUAUCUCGAGUGUAAUAUUUCAUUUUUUAUGUUUUGACUUGACAAUUAAGGCAAUUUGAUUUAUUAAUUGCACGAAUAUCGGUGAAAAUUCAUGUCUGAAUUCAUUGAUCUUACAAUAUGUUAUCGUACACUCGUGUAAGAGGAUUUAACCGUAUAUAUUAAUGUUGUUUUAAUGUUGUUUUAUUAUCAAGUGCAUGCCACUUGUACGAAUUAUGCUGCAAAGGCUUUCCCAAGAUCAGGGUGCUUUUUUGUUGCCAAUAUUUCUUUAUAUAAUUUACGUGUUUUUUUUUAAAUACUGUCAAUUUUUAACAUUCCAAAAAUAACUUAACGCAAGAGGUGUUUUUUUAAGAAUUGUGCUUUUAAAAGCGUUGUGGAAUCGACGCCAAGAACAUUUCACAUACUCGCGUGCUUAAAAUACUGCUUUCUUCACUAAUAUACUACAUCAUUUUAACGUUCAAUUAAUUUCGAUCUUUUUAGAUUAGUUGUUGUAUAUUGAUAUUACAAAAUAUUUGCCUUGCCAUUUCUUGUCACUUUGUUUUAAAUUAUUUUUUUUAGAUUUUUACUUAAUUUAACUUCGAAACUUAUAUUUAACCAUUAUAUAUAAUUGUACAAGCAUGUCAAUGUUCAAAUAUGUUUUGAAUUGGUAAUAAAAAGAAAGUACA